AUGAAUUUAAAAAUAAAGAAAGAUGUCGGCUAAUGGUUGUGCUUGAUUUUGUGAAUUACGAGUAUUUAUAUCAUUAAACUUGGAUUACGUAAAUUAAUUUCCAUGCAGUGAUUAUUCCCAAGCCUUAGAUUAUUGUUUUUGUUUGUGUUGGUGAGGGCGAUGGACAAAUGGAUGAAAUGUGGUAGAAGUGGAUUGAAGCUAUAAAACUGCCGGUAUACUGAGUAAGAAGACCUGAAUAUUUCAAAGUGCGGAGCAUCUUUACAGGAGUUUACGUUCGUAGAAUAGCACAAAGUUUGUACAUUUUCUGGAUGAGUAUUAUCGUACCCUAUCAGUAGCGUUUUGGGAUACAUCUAUUUCUUGAAUUGGGUCACAGGUGAACCAAAAAACUAAAUUGUCGGAUAACGCCAGCCCACAAGAUGGCCGACUGUUAUUCGUAAGGAGGAGGCACAGGACGCGGCAGAGGCGGCGCGGGCUCCAGCGGCGCAGUUGAAAACAAACCCGAUACAAAAGAGAACAAACCUAACCCCAAAAUGUCGAAGGCACUCGGCACAUCAGCCAAGAGGAUCCAAAAAGAACUCGCUGAAAUCACAUUAGAUCCACCACCCAAUUGCAGUGCGGGUCCGAAGGGUGACAACUUGUAUGAGUGGGUUUCCACAAUAUUGGGGCCUCCUGGCUCAGUAUACGAGGGUGGAGUCUUCUUCCUAGAUAUCCACUUUUCUCCAGAAUACCCAUUUAAACCUCCUAAGGUUACAUUCCGAACUAGGAUAUACCACUGUAACAUCAACAGCCAAGGAGUGAUAUGUCUAGAUAUUUUAAAGGAUAAUUGGUCUCCUGCACUCACAAUAUCAAAAGUUUUAUUGUCCAUUUGUUCCUUGCUAACCGAUUGUAAUCCAGCUGAUCCACUAGUGGGUAGCAUCGCAACACAGUACCUGCAGAAUCGCGAGGAGCACGAUCGUAUCGCGCGUCUGUGGACCAAGCGUUACGCUACAUGAUUGCCCUGCCCCCCGCCUGCCAAGGAACAACACUAUCAUACUCAGUACCAUUCUGCUCUAAAUCCAUCCUGUUCACGUAAAUAUAAGCUUACAAUGUUAUCCAACUACCCAACCAGUGUUGUACACUCUCUGUCUCAUAUAUCAAUGAUUGUGAUUUACCGUGUAAAAUAAUCGGAGUAUUGUCUUAAUUACCCAAUAUGCCACAGAAAGUGUACACCAAUUUUGGCUUAUUAAUGUUUAGUUGCAAUUAAUGUGAUGUCGAUAUGCUUGAGAUGAAGGUCUGAAAAGUGUAAUGUUAAGUAAUAACAGUUUUUCGUUAUGAACUGAUUAUCAGUUGGUAUUUAGCUGUGUUAUUGUAUAAAUACAUUGGUAAUAAUCUGACUUAAUACAUUGUAAAUUUGAUAAUGUGCAGUUCCAACUAUGUUGUCUCUGUUCUAUGGUUACUAAUGUUUGUAUUUCCAAUUUCCUAUGAUCAAAAAUUAUGGGGUAAACAAAUCAUGUAGAUCAUAUUCCACAUUGAGUAGUAUGAAUGAAAUUAGUGGCCUAGCAGAUUCAACAUAGUUAAAUUGGUUUAAGCCGAGUUGUAUUGAGGAACGUAAUUUUACUAAUGAUGGUAUUUGUAGGUUAAACAGUGAAUUGAGUCAAUUUUUGCCGCAAUGAUGCGAUGAUCUCAAACACUAGUAACAGUUUUAAGGAUAUGCUGUGAACAUUGCGAACCUAUUAGUAUAAAAUUUGGGAAUAAAUCGCAUUGUCUUAAAAA